GUCCGGGCGCGGGGCGGAGCGCGCUGCAGGCUGGUGCCCUGCUGCUCCCCAGUGGCCGGGACGGGGUCUCGGCUGGGCGGGGCUCCCCGGUGACUUUCCCUCCCGGCCCCACAGGUUCUGGUUCCGCCCCAAGAGACGCCCCCCCCAACCGCGCCAUGGCCACCCGCUGGGGCGUCUGCUCCGCCGGCAAAAUCAGCCACGAUUUCCUGGUGGCGCUGGGGACCCUCCCGGCCACCGAGCAUCAGGCUGUGGCCAUCGCUGCGCGUGAUCUCGCCCGGGCUCAGGAAUAUGCCCAGAAACACGGGAUCCCCCGAGCGUACGGGAGCUACGAGGAGCUGGCGCAGGACCCCGACGUGGACGUGGUCUACGUGGGGGUCAUAAACCCUGAGCACCUGCCUGUGGGGCGGCUCUUCCUGGGGGCCGGGAAGCACGUGCUGCUGGAGAAGCCCCUGGGGAUGAACACGGCGGAGGUGAGGCAGCUGGCGCAGCUGGCCCAGAGCCAGGGGGUCUUCCUGAUGGAGGCGUACUGGACCCGAUUCUUCCCAGCCUCAGAGCGGCUCCAUUCCCUGCUCUCCCAGGGAGCAGUGGGGGAGCCGAAGGUGGUGAGGGUCGAGUUCGGGCUUCCCCUCUUGGGCUGCCCCCGGCUGGUGCAGAAGGAGCUGGGGGGCGGCGCCCUGCUGGACAUCGGCUGCUACUGCGUCCAGUUCGCCACCAUGGUCUUCGGGGAGGAGAGACCGGAGUCCAUCCUUGCCUCGGGCUUCCUUCACCCCACCGGCGUCGAUGAGAUGUUGUCCGUCAUCCUGAACUACCCGGGGAAGCGCCAGGCCGUGAUCACCUGCUCCAUGGUGACCUUGCUGCCCAACCAGGCUGCCAUCAGCGGCACCAAGGGCAUCAUCCAGCUCCCGUCCCAGAUGUGGAGCCCGACUGAGCUGGUGGUGAAUGGGCAGCACGAGGAGUUCCCCCUGCCCGCCCCCUCCCAGCCCCUCAACUUCACCAGAAGCACCGGGCUUCGCUACGAGGCCCAGCACGUGCGCCAGUGUCUGCUGAAAGGCCUGAGGGAAAGCCCCAUCGUGAGCCUGGCUCACUCCGAGCUGGUGGCCUCCAUCAUGGACGAGGUGCGGCGGCAGGUGGGGGUGACGUAUACCCAGGAUCGGGCCUGACCCCCGCUGCCCAGGAAUGGGAGUUGCUGCCGGGACGCCCGGUGUUUUGGAUGCGAUUUCAGUUUGGGUUGGUACAAGCAGCAGCAGUGCGGAGGUAGCAGGCGCAGGCUGCCCGGCGGUGUUUGACAUGGUGCCGGGCGACGUGAACACUAGAAAACCCGAGAACACUAGAAAAUUAACGCGUGAAAUGGAUUAAAAACUGGCUACCGGAGA